CCGACGCAGCCUGCCUGCGUUCGUGUCCGUCGCCACUCGCCGCCGCCGACGUUUUACCCACCAGUGUUCCCGUACUCGUAUCGAACCGCAUAUUAUACCGCCGCGCAGCACGUAGAGAGAGAGACACGCUCGCACGCAAAUAAAAUAUAUAAAAAAAAAAAAUAAAAAAAAAAAAAAAAAAAACGUUCUUUCAGUAUUUAUAUACGUAUAUAUAUAUAUACAUGCAUAUAUUUAUAUACGCACACGCGCGCGCGUAUUUUUCGUCCGUCCGUUUUUCGUCCGCGUCGGUCAGUUCGGUUCAGUACGGUAUUACAGCAACGCGACGAUAAUACCCACAUUACCGCUGUACGCUGCUGUAUUGAAAACUGGCGUCUCCGCCGAGUCCGAACACGGUGUGUAAUACUGUAUAAAACCGACAUAACGCAAAAACGGUUUGUUUUUCGAUUUUUAAAUAUUAUUAUUAUUAUUAUUUUUUUUUUUUUUUUUUUUUUUUUUUUUUUAUUUUUUUAAAUAUUAUGUGAACCCGACGUUCGCACACCGCCAACCGCCGCCGCACACGAGACACCGGUAAAAUCGAAAUUUUUUUUUUUUUUUCUGUUUUCGAUAAACCAACAGCCGAUUACACAGCACGCUCGCCAGUUAUUAUUUUUUCCGCCGUUUCGAGAUCGUGUUAUUUUUCCCGUCGUCGACGCACGGUUGUCGUUUCUAGCCGAGCCGCAAUUGUAAUAAAUCGCAAUUUUCUCGUCACGUCACGUCACGAACACGCACCAGACAACGAAAUGAGCGUAAUGGACACGGCUACGUUUUUCGUCGAGGGCACCGCCAACCAAUUCGAACACGUACUCUCGUUGUACCCGCAAGCGUUGCGCCUGAAAGCCGAGAGCAAGACGAAAAAACCCGAAGAGCUGAUCAAACUGGACAACUGGUGAGUAGUUGGCGCGCCGCCGCUCCGGACGCGUGUAAUAAUAAUGAUAAUGUACCCGACGAUAUAACAUUAAAAAUAUUUAUUUACAAUAUUAUUAUUAUUAUUAUUAUUACUACUACUACUACUACUACUACUACUACUACUACUAUUAUUAUUAUGUAUUAUUACUCUCUUAUCGGGUUCGCGUACGCGGACAUCCCCGCCGCCUCAUUACUCCGUGUCGGUUGUAGCGCUAUGCACAUUGUUAUAUUGUUGUUACCAGUAUCGGCUACAACGCGACUAUUGUACACCUAGGUAUAUUAUAGUAAUGCUAUUAAUUUAGUGUUGUUUUUUUUUUCCCCUCCGUCGCGGUUUCGCAACGUGCAUUCGGCACGCUCUGUAUAGUUCACGCGCGCGGUUACGGGCCGCGCGCUCGGUUAGGUUGGCAAGGCGGUCGCCCCGCCGCCGUCGCCGCGUACCCAAUCGAGGCCGUGAUGACGUUAACGAUUUCUUUGUGGAGAAAACACCGUCGCCGUUGUGUACUUAUUAUAUUAUUUUUUCCUAUAUAUUUUACGAACACACACACACACACACACACGACACGAAAAAUAUAUAAUAUUAUUAUUUUUAUUGUAAUACCGCGCACUAUUUAAUUAAUAAUUUCCCCCCCCCUGGUAAUUUCGUAUACGGCGGCGGUCGAUUGACCGGAAAAAAAAAAACUGUAUAAAACAAUGCGAAAACGUCCGGGCGUACGUACCUACGACAAUAAUUAUUAUUGUUUGCAAUAUUUGCCCCCUCCCAUCCCCGAAAAUUCACGCAAUAACAUUAUCAACGGGACCGUAUUAUUUGUUUUCGAAACGGCGUAAUCCUAAAACUAUUAUGAUAAUGACGACUAUACGAUAAGUAUUAUUAUUAUUGUUAUCGGACACAUACAGAGCGGUCGCCGUAUCAACAACGUUGUCGCCAUUUCGAUUCGUAUUUUAUCAAGACGCCGUCGGUAUUAUUAUCUAAUCUAUAGUAACUGUUAUUGUUAUUUACCUAGGAAUACCUAUUGUUUUAAAUCGUAUGAUUUUAUUUAUCUUUUCUCUACAAUCACAAUUUAUAUUUAAUCAGUCGUUGCACGAUACUGCUUUCGAUUAUAAAUACACUAUUUAUACUACUACCCGGUAUAGAAAUAAUGUAGUUUUUUUUUCAAUAUUCCAUUAGGUCCUCGUUUAAACGUGAUUGAACUGUUAUCUCUAAAUUUAAAUCGAUUUUCAAUUUGGUAAAGUCGUUUUUUGUAUUACAAAAAAAAGUAUUCAUCUAAUCGAUUCGGAGAAUUUUAAAAUAUAACCUUUGUUUUUUUUUUUUAACAUAGGUACAACAUUUUUUAUUUCUCAUAUUUUAGGUUGUUUUUUUAACAGCAACAGACAUUUGAAAAUGUAUACCUAAAUAAUAAUAAUUAAGUUUAAUUAUCAAUGGAUUAGCGUUAGAUAAUAUAUUUAGAAUAGUUUUUUUUUUUUUUUAUCAAUAUUUAUCUAAUUUCUAUGUUAAUCAAAUUCAUAAAUUCAUUCAUUGCAUUUGAGAUAAAAAUAAUUUAAUAUUUCGAUAUCAAUACUUUAUAUUAAACUGCCUACAAGUUAAUUUAAUUGAAUAUCUUUUUGGUUUAAUUAAUUAUCAUAGCAUGUAAUCAGAUAGAAAUUUCUUUAGUUGGAAAACAUAAACAAGUACGUUAUAUCCAAGAAUUUUGACAAUGUCAAUUUGUAUGGUCUAUCUACCUAUGUCAAUUGUUUUUAAAUGAUAUUUAUCAGAUAUUAGAGACCCAUAAUUGAUUAUAUUUGUUCUCGAUGUUUAAUUCAAUUGAAAUGAGAAUUUUGAUAACCAAAAUAAUUGGCUUCUAUGUAACUCAUAUAGGUAUACCUUGGUAUUUAUUGUUUUAAAUGUUAAUUUGUUUAUCAAUAAACAUAUUAGAUAAGGAUCUAUAAUUUAAAUUUUAAUGUUAUGAAAGAUAAUUCAAAAAAGAAGAAAUAAUAUUUUAAAUUUUCAGAUUAGAUUCUUCAUUAUAGAGAAUUAUUUAAAUUAAGUGUAUUUGAAAAAAAAAAAAUAAUACUCUAUUUAUUUGAUAUAGGUAUCAAAAUGAGCUGCCAGGGAAAAUCAAGUCCAGAGGAAAAGAUGCACAUUUAAACCAUGAAGAACUUUGCCAAACAAUGAAAUGGAAACAAACUGUAAACAGUUAAAAUCACAUAUAUUGUUUAAAAUAAUUAUUAAUGAUGAUUUUUUGUUGUAGAGAGGAAAAACUUUUCCUCAAUUGAAUUACUUAAUCAAAGUAAAUACUCCACGUGCAGUUAUGGCGGAAACAAAGAAAGCUUUCAAAAAAUUACCUAAUUUAGGACUUGCUAUUACAGCGUUAAGUAAUUUGAAAGGAGUUGGAACAACAAUGGCUUCAGGUAAGCAUUAAUAUUAUAAAAUUGAAGUAGUUAAGUGUAUAUUACAUUUAAAUUUUGUUUUUAAUAUUCCAUAAUUCUGUUUUUAUUAGCUUUGUUAGCAGCCGCUGCACCAGACAAGGCACCUUUUAUGGCUGAUGAAUGUCUAAAAGCUAUUCCUGCUAUUGAAGGAAUUGAUUAUACUGCUAAAGAAUAUUUGAAUUUUGUAGCUCAUAUUCAAACUAAGGUGGAAAGGCUUAAUGGUGAAUGUGAGUAAUAGUUAUCUAAUAUAAUUUUAUAAAAUAUUUUUAGUUUUUAAUUUCAUUGAAAUUAAUUUGGAAUUACAGGCGGUGACAGUAAGUGGAAUCCACAUUCAGUAGAAUUAGCAUUAUGGACACAUUAUGUAGCGAAUGAAUUUAAACCAGAACUCUUGAGUAGUGUUCCAGAAGCUUGUCAGAAGCCAAUUAGUGAACAACCAAAGACAGAUGCUCAUGUUAAUGGCAAUGUUAAUCAAACAAAGGUUUUUAUAAUUUUAUUGUGUCAGUUAUGUUAUUUAUUAUUGUAACCAUUAAAUAUAUUUGUAUCAUACAUAGUUAGACGAACCAACAUCAGAUGAAAGUAAUCCUGAGCCGCUCCCACCUUCCAAUGGUCACCAACUAACCAUUGAAGAUGAUUCCCGUGAUAAGUCUGAAGAUGACAUCACCAAUGACUCUAUAACAACAUCAGAAUCCGCUCAAACGCCACUCGCUGAAGCUUUAACAGAGGAUUCAUCUAGUUUACCGGCACCUGACGAACCACCUGUAAAAAAAUUCAAAAAUGAAGUCCAGACGGUGGCUGCAGAAGCCAAUGGAAACUAACAAUAUGUUGUAACUGAUUUUAAAAUUAAGCCAAAUGGACCAUCGUAGGUUUACAAUUUUAAUGACGAGUUAACAUUGAAUAUUAAAGAAAAACAUUGUUUGAAACAGCAUAAAUUGAAGAAGAGAAAACUCUUAUAUUUAUCAGACUUAAUAAUGUAAUUAUAACUUGCAGUUUGAUUUACGUAUAAAAUACUUCACCAUUUUUUAAUGGUCGAUAAUUUUAUUUAUUUUAACUCAUACAUUGAAAACUCGUAAAUAUAUUUUUUUUAUACUUAGAUUUUAUACAACAAAAUAAAUUAAGUCUGUAAUAUUCUAAUUUGUUUUAUUCAACUUAGUUAUUAUUGUAUGAUUGAAAUAUUUGACUGUAAAUACAAUUAAUGAUAAUUAUAUAUUAUGUUAAGGUUUAUGGGAAUAGAGGGAUGUCUGAAUAGUAUGAAAUAAUAAUAAAAGUGCACCUUAGGAAGUAAUUUUUUUCUAAGAUUAUUGUAUUUUAUUGAAAAUGUUAAAUUGUUAUGAGGGAAGAGGACAAGGGAAACUUGCUUUGAAGGAAAUAAAAAAAAAAUCAUAUAUUUAUAAAUAUAUGAUGUAUGUAUAUACAUAAAUAAGUAGUAUUAAUGUAUCGGAUCUGCACCAUAUUUAUUAUAAUAAGUUAACAGCAAUGUUGUUAAUUUAUGUACUUAAAUGAGGAACUGCCUUUUAGGAAUUUUUUAUGUUUUAGUUUUCUUUUUUUAUUUGUUCUAAAAAUAGUACAAACAAUUAUUUACAUUCCGUUAAAUUGAAACUAAUUUUAUUUUAGAAUUUUGGGGGGGACAAAACUUAAACAAUAAUUAUAGGUUUCUGUAAGAUAUAUAUUUUUUUAGUAACAGUAUGUAACAAUUCUACUUUAAAUGUAAAAUCUUAUGAUUUUUUUUUUUUUUUUUUUUUUUGUUAAAAACGGUACAUUUUAAUAUAAUAUAUAUUAAAUAUUAUUUAUAAUACAGCAUGACUAUUUUGUACGUGUGUAUAUAGUAAUUAUAUACAUAAUAUAUUCCAGUAAGUUUGUCGUAGC